UUUGUCAUUUCAUCUUCGAUGCGGCUUGUCAUUCUGUGAAAUAGUUUUAAAAGGCAUACGAAUAUUUUUAAUUAGUGUAAUAAAUUCUUAAUAAUAUGGCUUUCAUGGGUGAUAUGAUGAAUCCUGCUCCCUUAUGGCACAAUGGCCCUGCGCCUGGCGCUUUUUACAACUUUCCAGGAAACUCAUCUUCUUUUGGACUUACGAAUCACACAGUUCAAGAUUUUAAAGCACAUUCUGCAAGUCCCAUCACAACAACAACAACGGUUAUUGGUCUAAAAUUUGAUAAAGGUUGUGUGAUCGCUGCAGACACACUGGGCUCAUACGGGUCUCUCGCUCGCUUCCGUGACUGUCCCCGUGUGUUGAAGGUUAAUGAUCUGAUCUUACUGGGAUCUGGGGGCGAUUAUGCCGAUUAUCAGUAUUUGAAAGAUAUCAUUGAACAGAAAAUUAUUGACGAACAAUGUAUUGGAGAUGGAUUACAAUUGAAGCCGAAGUCGCUCCACUGUUGGUUAACGAGAGUUUUAUACAACAAGCGUAGCAAGAUGGAUCCCUUGUGGAACAACUAUAUUGUUGCUGGCAUUCAGGAUGGUGAGCCCUUCUUAGGAGCGGUUGAUAAGCUCGGCACAGCAUAUGAAGAUGGAACAAUAGCUACCGGACUCGGAGCAUACAUGGCUACUCCACUACUUCGUGAUGCUGUUGAGAAGGGACCCUUGGAUGAGGAGUCUGCAAAGGCUAUAGUCCGCAAAUGUAUGGAGGUGCUAUUCUACAGAGAUGCCCGCUCCUUCCCUCGCUACCAGCUCGGAGUGGUGACCGCUGCUGGAGUCACCGUGGAAGAGCCUGUGGAACUAAAACACGACUGGUCACUCGCUCACAUGAUACACAUGAAGUGAUUGUAUUGAUAAAUAAAUGUUUUGCAGUUAA